AUGAAGGAAAAGAAGGAACAGAAGAAAAAGGAAAUGGAGAAGGCAGGCCUCAUGGACGAAAAGGCGAUUGCUGCAUCGACUGGUAGCACCUCCCCUACCGUACUUACAACCGAGAAGAAGUACGCGGAGAGCAAUGACACCUCUUCUCUGCUCAGUGCAUGUGACGACCACAAGCGAGCAGCUCGUGAAAAGUAUCGAGCCGUCCAGGGUGUUUUGAGUUGCAUCUGUCGUAUCCUGAUGGCCAGGAACCUCGAGCCAUGUUGUUCUCAAAAGACGGCAGUUCGACGACCCAUCAGUAGACGUUCGCAUUCGCAUGAACAAGGCCAUGGACAUGCUCACGGAAAUGAGCAUGGCCACGAUCAUGGCCACGGCCACGGCGCAAAGCAUGGUCACUCUCAUGCCAAGGCCACCGGCCACUCGCACCACAACCGCGCUCACAAUCUUAAGGAACGGAAGGCAGCACGCGACAAGGCGCAUGCUGUCAAAUAUGUUCAGGAAAUUUCAUCCGUGGGUGGAAAGGUCAGAUCGACCUCUGAUCCUGAGAAAGGAGCAGCUGAGACAGAACAUAUCGUGCUCAGUGUCAGUGGUAUGACCUGCUCUGGUUGUGAAUUGAAACUCACUAGGACUCUUGCAAAUUUCAACCAUGUCCAAAAUUUGCAGGUCAGUGUCAUUCUUGCCAGGGCGGCCUUCGAUCUCGACACGAGCCGAAUGUCCUAUGACGAACUUCUCACUUACCUUAGACGGGCAACCGAGUUCUCCUAUGAGCGCGUCUCUACCAAAGGUCAGGAGAUUGAUGUUCUCUGUCCUCAGGGUGCGAAGACGUUUGCGAAAUCUCUUGCUCCACUCGGUGUCACGGGCAUGAAAACAGUGACGGACAAGAUAGCUCGGAUUGAGUAUGACCCGAAAAUUCUUGGUGCCAGAGAUCUGCUCAACUCCUUCGACGAACCUUUGCAAUUGGCUCCCAUGAAAUCUCCCGAGUCGAUCGAGGCAGGAAUGAAGGAAGUUCGCAAAGAUGGCAUGAUCACCCUCUUCUCCCUGCUUCUGACGAUCCCUAUCCUCGUCUUCGCUUGGGCGCCUGUGCCUGAACACCCCGUCGCUUAUGGAUCGGUGUCUCUGGCGCUAGCGACGAUCAUUCAGGUCUUUGUGGCAGGUCCGUUCUAUACUGUGGCUUUCAAAAACAUCAUCUUCUCGAGACUGGUCGAAGUGGACAUGUUGAUCGUGCUCAGCACGAGUGCAGCAUACAUAUUCUCGCUUGUUGCCUUUGCGUAUGAGAUGCAGGGUCGCCCAUUGGAGACGGGCGAGUUCUUUGAGACAAGCGCCUUGAUAGUCACGUUGAUCAUGCUUGGUCGAUUCAUCAGCUCUUGGGCUCGCCAGAGAGCAGCAGAAUCGAUUUCGGUCAGGACAUUGCAAUCGGCCACCGCCGUACUCAUCGAUCGAGCCACAGGCACAGAAACAGAAAUUGAUGCUCGACUCCUGCAGUAUGGCGAUAUUUUCAAGGUCAGUCCUGAUUCUAGAAUCGUCACUGAUGGUACCGUGAUCUCUGGUGUCUCCGAGGCAGAUGAGUCCAUGGUGACUGGGGAGUCUUGUCCGGUGCCCAAGAAGAACAGAUCAACCGUCAUUGCAGGGUCCAUCAACGGGCCAGGUGUUCUGCAAGUCCGCCUCAGCCGUCUACCUGGCGACAAUACCAUCAGUGCGAUUGCAGAUAUGGUUGAUGAGGCCAAAAUGACCAAGGCUAAGACUCAGGAGAUCGCAGAUCGUAUCGCUGGAUACUUUGUCCCAGUCGUAUGUGCUGUCACUAUCCUCGUGUUUGUCGGCUGGAUUGGAUAUGGCAUUGAUCGAAGAAACUACUCUGGUUCUCGAGCUGCCGAAAAUGCUGUCACUUAUGCUAUUGCUGUCCUUAUUGUCUCAUGUCCUUGCGCCAUUGGUCUUUGUGUCCCUAUGGUCAUUGUGAUAGCGGGAGGCGUGGCCGCCAAGCAUGGUGUCAUUUUCAAAACCGGCCAGACGAUCGAACUCGCGAAGAAGACUAAGCAUGUUGUCUUCGACAAGACAGGUACACUCACAGAAGGUAACUUGUCGGUUGUCGCCGAAGCCUUCCCCGGUGGUGCUGCAGCCCUCAUUCAGCCUUUAGCAUUGGGCCUCGUGGCAAGUGUGAAGCACCCUGUCUCAAUUGCAGUCACCAGAUAUCUCAGUGACAAAGGAACCAAACCCAUCGAGAUCGGCGAUGUCACUGCUGUUGUCGGUAAAGGCGUCGAAGGCAUCUUCAACGGCAGUAAGAUUCGUGCUGGUAACUCUCGAUGGCUACAUGUCGAAGAUGAUCAAACAGUGCAAGCGUUCCUUGCUCGAGGUCUGAGUGUUUUCUGUGUCGUCAAGGAUAAUCAACUCCACGCGGUUCUUGGCCUCGAAGACUCCAUCCGACCUGACAGUGAAGAAGUCGUCACGGAACUACGCAAGCGUGGAGUCUCGAUCUCUGUUGUCAGUGGAGACGACGAUGGAGCCGUACAGUCCCUUGCUGCGAAACUCAACAUCCCUACAUCACACGUCAAAUCUCGCUGCUCUCCCAAGGAUAAAGUCGCCUACCUCAAGGAAGUUAUGAAGGAUCCUGCUGCCGUUGUUGUCUUCUGUGGCGACGGGACCAAUGACGCACCCGCCCUCGCUCAGGCCAGUAUCGGUAUUCAUAUAAACACCGAGGGUAGUGAUGUUGCACAGAGUGCGGCGGAUGCUGUGCUUGUCAGGCCUGCUCUGAAAGGACUCUUGUGCUUGAUCGAUCUCUCUCAUGCCUCAGUUCGACGCAUCAUGUUCAAUUUCGCCUGGUCGUUCACAUACAACCUCUUCGCGGUGCUGCUGGCUUCUGGACUGUUUGUCAAAUUCAGAAUUCCUCCAGAGUAUGCUGCUUUGGGCGAGGUCGUCAGUAUCAUUCCCGUCAUUGUCAUUGCCAUGCUUCUGAAGUAUGCAAAGCUCAACGGUUGUGAUGGUCAUCGUUGA